UGUGAAGUGAUAAUGAUGGUUGGAUUACCUGCUUCUGGCAAAACUACUUGGGCAGAAAACUGGAAGAAAGAGCAUCCAGAAAAACGAUAUGUUCUGCUUGGUACAAAUUUAGCACUGGAACAAAUGAAGGUACCAGGUUUACUGCGCAAGCAUAAUUACGGUGAAAGGUUUGAGCAUUUAAUGGACCGUGCAACUGGGAUUUUUAAUACUCUUUUGUCCAGGGCAUCCAAGAUGCCUCGGAAUUUCAUAAUUGAUCAAACAAAUGUCUUCAAGGGUGCACGUAAACGUAAACUGAAACCUUUUGCUGACUACAGGAAGAUUGCUGUUGUGGUUUUUCCAAGACCUGAAGAGUUGAAGCUCCGUGCUGCUAAGAGAUUUAAAGAAAUGGGAAAGGAAGUUCCUGCUGAGGCUGUUAAUUCGAUGUUGGCCAAUUACAGUUUGCCUAAGAGCAUGGACAUGCAUGGGACAGAUGAGUACUUUGAUGAGGUUUUGUUCACGGAACUCAGCAGAGCUGAGUCACAGAGGUUCUUAGAAGAGAUGAAGAGAGAUAUGAAUGCAAAUCGUGACAUGUCCCCUUAUUCUAAUGAAAGUUCUACUCGGUCAUAUUGUACUUCGUUACAACAUGGUCAUGGGGCCUCAAUUCAGUCACGUUCUGGCUUUUCAUUACAAAAUCAAAGCUGCUCACCAGGAGUAGGUGGUCACUGGAAUAGUUCAUACUCCUCCCAGCCUCCCUCCGGUGGCGCUUAUGGAUCCUAUUAUUCAAGCCCUUCUGUUUGUGAGUCAAGGCAUGAUUUUGAUCGCAAAGGAGGAAGUCACAGUGGAGGUUUUGGUGAACUCUAUCGAAGUUAUGAAGGAGGUAAGGUACAUAACUUUGCUGGUGUGGAAAACGAAAGUUUCUUACCUCGGGGUACAACUGAUCCUGGCCGAAGCAGCAUUGUUGAUCACUAUUCUGAAACAGCACCAUCAUCCUACCACACUUGCCAAAGAUAUGCCAUUAGCUCUCAACGUCCACCACCCAGUCUUUCAGCUACGAGGCCUGAUGCAUAUCACUUCAGUACACCCUCAACAGCACAUGGUUCAUAUCCUACCACAAUUCCCAGGCCUCCCUAUGACAACUUUCUUACAAAUUCGCAUCAUGCUGGAGUUUAUCCUCAACCUCGUCUGCCACCUCCCCCUGUAAAUUUUCCUACAGGCAUGCCACGUCCUGGAGUUUAUCCCCCGCCUCGUUCAGGUUACCAUUGAUUGUAGAAGAUAAUAGCAGUGGAGAAUGUAGUCUCUGACCAGCAGAAAACUAUGAAAGUGUUUGGCUGAAUCGGGGGGUGUAGACUGUAUAGUGAUAUAUUAAAUUAUGUCUUUGAUACAGUUAUCAAGUUCCUUGUUAUGUGCUUUAGGUAUGUAUAUUGUGAACUAAAAAAAUUUAGGAUUAAGCUACACGUACAUUAGGGUGUCCAUAACGAUGUUCAUCCCUUUCACAUGGAGUACCGACUUCGAAUAAAAUAUAAUUUAUCCAAAAAUGGGUGUCCCUCCAUGUGGUAAAGAGUGGACAUAUUUUUGAAUGUUGUAUUAUGUACAACUAGCAUAUUUCAAAAUUUUAAAAUUAAAAAA